AUGCCGACCCAUGCAGCCGUCAUGGGCCUCGACCAUCCCCUGGUCCUCUUGGCGCCCUUGGCAUUUGUGACCGUCGCCGUCGUCGCCCUGGCGGCUGCAUACUACCGCCGCCGCGCCGCAGCGUCAGCCGCGUCCGCAGCAGCCGCGGCGGAUGCGGCGGCAGCAGCAGCUGCGCAGGUGGUGGUGGUGGUUGUCCCGGCAGACGCGUCCAAGGCAGCCGCGGCCGCCCAGUUGGCGGCGCCCUCGCCAUCGCGGCAGCAGGUUGGCGUCGCCCUGGCCCGCGCCAAGACGUGGCGGGCGGCCCAUGAGGCCGCGGCGGCCGCAGCAGCUGCACCUGUGACCACAGCUGCUGCGUCGCCGGCUCCCUCACCGGCCGCACUCAAUACCUCGGGCCCCCAGCAGGCGCACAGCGCGUCAAUCCGGCAGGCCAGCCCAAACACGGUCACCACUCAGCCCGCUGCGGCGAUGAGCCAGGAUGACAUUGCUCGGGCGAAGAAGUGGCGCGCACACAACAUCCCCACGCCGUUUGCAGCAGAAGCGGUGCAGCGGGCGGCCUCGGACACGCACCGGCGGCAGCAAAUGUUCGCGGCGGCGGCGGCGGCGUGCAGGGCAAAGUUGGUGCCUGGCGGCUGCAUCCCUGCGUCUCUGGCACAACCGCGGCCCUGCGCUGGCUCAGCUUGA